CAAUAAUUGUAUCGCAAACAGCACUGCCACCAUCACACUCAUUAACAGCUCAUGAUGCCUGGGAGACCCUCUCCAUUCAAUCUCGAGACAUGUGCUCGUCCCAAUAUCUUGAAACUCAAGCCUUAUCGCUGCGCUCGAGAUGACUACAAAGACGAUGGCAAGAACAUCUUGUUGGAUGCCAAUGAAAAUGCAUACGGCCCAGGUCUUGAUCUGACCCUACCAGAUCCUCAGCAGAAAUCCUCCUCUACCCUGUCCACCAACCCUCAAGUCGACUUUCUCGGCCUCAAUCGCUACCCCGAUCCUCAUCAAGCCACACUCAAAGAAGGAUUCUGUCGACUGCGGAACACCAAGGUCCACACAGACAAAGACUUGAAGCCUGAGAAUCUCUUCUGUGGCGUAGGCUCAGACGAAGCGGUCGACGCCUUGCUGCGCUGCUUCUGUAGGCCUGGCAAGGAUAAGAUCCUGACAUGUCCACCCACGUAUGGCAUGUAUGCUGUCAGCGCAGAUGUGAAUGACAUCGCCAGUGUGCAUGUUCCAUUGGACCCAGACAAUGGCUUCUGCCUCCAGCCUCAGGCAAUCAACGAGACACUGUCCGCCGACCCUUCGAUCAAACUAGUGUAUAUCUGCUCACCAGGCAAUCCCACGGCGGGCUUGAUCAAGAAACAAGACAUACAACAAGUCCUAGAGCAUCCCACAUGGAACGGAGUGGUUGUUGUGGAUGAAGCAUAUAUUGAUUUUGCACCAGAAGGAUCAAGUCUCGCAGAAUGGGUAUUGGAGUGGCCCAAUCUCGUGGUCAUGCAAACUCUCAGCAAGGCAUUUGGUCUGGCCGGGAUCCGUUUGGGAGUGGUAUUCAGCUCGCCCGACAUUGCUACACUGCUCAAUAACAUGAAAGCUCCCUACAACAUCUCAAGCCCCACGAGUGCCAUUGCAACGGCUGCCCUCCAAAACGACAGCCUCAAGGUGAUGCAACGGAACAAAGCCAAGAUCAUUGAGCAGCGGGAUCGGCUAUUAAAAGAACUUCCCAUGGUCCCUGGUGUGGGCAGAUUCCGUGGCGGUUCCGAAUCCAACUUUUUACUGGUGGAGAUUCUUGACAAACCGCGUGAACAAGGAGGACAGCCCGACAAUGCCACGGCACUUCAUGUCUAUGAGACCAUGGCUGGUCAGCGAGGUGUGGUGGUUCGGUUCCGGGGUAAGGAGUAUGGAUGUCAAGGGUGUCUUCGGAUCACGGUAGGCACGGAGAAGGAAGUUGAUCGAUUUCUGCAAGAGAUUAGAGCAGUUUUGCAACAACAAUUUUCAAAGGGAUCGCAAGGGGCUAAUGGUAUUCUGGAAGGAAAACGGGAAACGGCGGCGAACGAAGUGAUAGCCUAGCUUGCUAGCUUGGUAGAAAACAAGGUGUUUAGAAUUUCGAUGCAAGAAUGACACUGGAAAAAGAUCUGAU